AUGGAACAGAAGCAAAGCAUAGAGCAGUUCAAAGGACAAGCAAGGCUACCGAGUUUCGCAAUCCCAAAACACUAUGAUCUUCAUCUCAAACUUGAUCUCUCUGCCUGCACCUUCUCCGGCACCGUGCAGAUCAACCUUAGCAUCGUUGAAGAGACCAAAUUUCUUGUCUUGAACGCUCUUGAACUUGAUGUUCAUCAAGUUUGGUUCACCAACUCUCACGGCCAAAAGUACCACCCCUGCGAUGUUGUUUUGGAUGGAGACGAUGAAUUUCUUGUUUUGGUCUUUGAUAAAGCACUUGGUAUUAGUGAGGGAGUCGUGGGGGUUGAGUUUUCUGCAGUCCUUAAUGCGCACUUGACGGGGUUAUAUAAAUGUGCUUAUUUGGAUGGAGGAGAGAAAAAGAAUAUGGCUGUUACUCAAUUUGAAGCUGUGGAUGCGAGGCGAUGCUUUCCAUGUUGGGAUGAACCUGCUCUCAAGGCCACCUUCAAGAUAGCAUUAGAUGUACCAUCAGAGCUGACAGCUUUGUCCAAUAUGCCAAGUACAAAUGAAAAGUUUGAUGGAGAUGUUAAGACUGUUUAUUUUGAGGAAUCUCCAAUCAUGUCAACUUAUUUGGUGGCUGUUGUUGCUGGCCUGUUUGAUUAUAUUGAAGAUACAACAUCUGAUGGGGUAAAGGUUCGUGCAUAUUGCCCUGUUGGGAAGAGUGAUAAGGGGGAGUUUGCUUUAAAUCUUGCCGUUAAGACCCUUGAUCUGUUCUCCAAAUACUUCUCAACCCCUUACUCCCUUCCCAAACUUGAUAUGGUUGCGGUUCCUGAAUUUUCUGGUGGGGCCAUGGAGAAUUAUGGUUUGAUCACAUACCGUGAAAGUGAACUCCUUUUUGAUCCUUUGCACACCACAGCAGCAAGGAAGCAGAGAUGUUUUCAGAUGGCGAUUGUUGUAUCACAUGAAGUAGCACAUCAGUGGUUUGGCAAUCUGGUAACCAUGGAAUGGUGGACUGAUUUAUGGCUUAAUGAAGGAUUUGCAACAUGGAUAAGCUAUAUGGCCACUGAUAUUUUGUUUCCUGAGUGGAAAGUUUGGUCUCAAUUUCUACAACAGACUACUGGUGGCUUAGUUAUGGAUGCCCUGGAACAAUCACAUCCAAUACAGGUGGAGGUAAACCAUGCACGUUCAGUUCUUGAAAUAUUUGAUGCCAUCAGCUAUGAAAAGGGAUCUGCUGUCAUACGAAUGCUGCAGGCUUAUCUUGGUGAUGACAUAUUCCAGAAAUCGUUAAGUUCCUAUAUGAAAAGAUUCUCUGGAAAGAAUGCUAAGACAGAAGAUCUAUGGAGUGUUAUUUCAGAGGAAUCUGGUGUCAAAAUCAGUGAAAUGAUGGAUGAUUGGACUAAGAAGCAAGGAUAUCCUGUGAUCUCUGUCAAAGCAAAGGAUCAUAUUUUGGAAUUUGAGCAGGCACAGUUUCUAUCAGCAGGUUUGCUUGGUGAUGGUGAGUGGAUUGUUCCAAUAACUAUUUCAUUGGGUUCAUACGAGAGACGCAAGAAAUUCCUUUUGGAAACAAAGUCCAGUGAAGUGGACGUGUCAGAUCUUGUUAGCUCCUUCCAUACCAAGUUAAAGAAUAAAGAGAUAUGCGAUGAACAACUGUGGGUCAAGGUCAAUGUUGAGCAGAGUGGUUUCUAUAGAGUAAAGUAUGAAGAUAAGCUAGCAGCUCGACUUAGGAAGGCUAUUGAGCAUAAUAACUUGGAAGCAACAGACAAAUUUGGCAUUCUGGAUGAUUCACAUGCCCUUUGCGAAGCUUGUGAACAGUCUCUAUCAUCUUUGCUUUGCUUAAUGGAUGUAUACAGAAAAGAAGUUGAUUAUAUUGUCUUAUCAAAACUUAUAGACGUAUGCUAUAACAUCGUUAAAGUGGCAAGCGAGGCCAUCCCUGAUUCAAUGAAUGAGUUGAAGCAGUUUUUCAUCAAUCUCCUCAUGUUUCCAGCAGAAGCAUUAGGCUGGGAACCGGUACCUGGAGAGAGUCACUUCAGUACACUUUUGAGAGCAGAAGUCUUGCAGGCCUUGGUCACUUUUGGCCAUGAUAAAACUCAGAAUGAAGCAUUAGACCGCUUUCAGAUAUUAUUGAAUGAUAGAAAUACUCCGCUUCUAACUGCAGAUACAAGAGCGGCAGCUUACAUUGCAGUGAUGAGGAAUGCUAGCAGCUCUCACAAGGAAGGCUUUGAGGCUCUGUUAAACGUUUACAGAGAAGCUGGUACAGUGCAAGAGAAGGAACGAAUUCUACGUUAUUUUGCAUCUUCUCCAGACCCAGAUACAGUUGUUAAUGUUUUGAACUUUUUCUUAUGUGAUGAGGUUCGAGAUCAGGACAUUGUAUUUGGACUCUGUGGUAUAAGCUUAGAAUGCCGUGAAACAGCAUGGAAAUGGAUGAAGGAGAACUGGGACCUGAUCCUCACCAAAUAUGGUGCUGGAAUGCUACUCACCCAUUUCGUGAGAGACAUUGUAACACCGUUUUGUAGCAAUGAAAAGGCUGCUGAGGUUGAAGAAUUUUUCGCAAGCCGGGUGCAUCCUUCCUUUGCUAUGACUCUGAAGCAAAGCAUUGAGCAAGUCCGAAUCAAGGCGAGGUGGGUUCAAGGCUUAAGGCAGGAGCAAUCUAUUCAAGAACUAGUCAAACAGUUGGCAGGCAAGAAAUGAAUAUUGAUAUCAUUAAAUUAUGUACAUCAUAUUUGCCUUUUGAACAUAUUUACUGAUCAGCUCCUUAAGCAUCGCCUGUAGGGGUCUAAAUUUACCAAACUUGUUUAUUGGUACGAACAAAUCCGUAUUCUUCAUUAUGUAGGAAACCUGUUAGGAACCCAGUAUUUGAAGAUACUAUGUUAUUGUUGGAUUCUGAUUGAUGAUUUUGUAAAGUGGUAUCCUAUAACAUUGGAUUAUUGGAUGAAGUCCUGUUAUUUACACUUUCUGUUAGCGACAAUCUCUCAGAAUCACUCUUCUCCUCAAAUCAAGAGUGAUUCUGAUUCUCUUUCCUAAUUAUAUGCAAUUGUCAUUACUGUAGAUUAUUACCAUAGUUG